AUGGUUCAGGAUGUCUUCUCGCUGCACAACAUCGUCGGCCGCGACGAGACGGCAUUUCCGUUUUCCCUCAAGGACUACCAGAAAUAUGUGUUUGGCGACGACCGACUAGCGCAUCGCUUGGGCACGGACCUAGCUCGAGCCUUCAUUCCCACCAUCUCGAACCCUACAGACGACUUCGCAGUUGCCGUGCUAUCCGAAAAAGUCCCCACGGCCACGCAUAGCCUGCGCAACCACUUUGUGGCUUACCUCAACCGGCAUCUGAUAGCGAAUAACGCAACCCCGGCCCUCAAAAUCGAUUUUCACGAUGCGGGGGUGAACGCACAUGCGCGGAACGGUCCGGAUUGCAAGAAAAAGAGCUCAUAUCACAUCGAUGUGGAACGCCUGGGGAGCAGGACUCUGAUUGUACUGGCUGAAAUCCGAACGAGCCAAGACCGCGAAGACCGGAUACGAUCGUCGUUCGGAGAGCGUGGCAUAACCACUGUCUUCGCCUAUCUUGCAUCCCUGAGCGGCUCCGCGACGACUGCAGCGAUCUCAUCUUUCUUGUCUCAAGUCGUCAGCCCAUCCAUGAGAGAUAUCGAGGACAUUGCGCAUGCCACCAAAUUCGUCAUGAACGAAUGCUUUGUUCAAUUCGUACUGGGGAGGGAGUACGAGGAGUUCUGCAAAUUCAUAAGACGACAAGACGAUUACUUUGCGAGAGAACUGUUAGAUCACGCUAUUGGCGGUCACUACUACAACAAUGAGGAUUACGAACAUAAUGUAAAGUUUCUGAUAUGGGAGACCGAGGCGCGGGAAAGCCUCCACAUCCUCGUAGCCGUAAUAGUCACCCUGUUCCUCUUCGAAAUCACCGUUCGCCUACCCUUCCUCCUCGCACUCACCUUCGCAAUUCCCUACGUGCACAUGAUGCUCACACCAGAGAAAUCCACACUCCACUCCGCAACAUACGAGUGUGACUCAGAAGAAGGUCUUUACCGUCGCUCAUCCACCUUCUCAAGUGCCCCCGGCGAGCCUGUCGCCCAGUACAAAGCUCCAGCAACAUUGGGCCCAAUAAACAUCACCUUCCCCGGAUUAACACUCUUCUUGCCAUCAACAUGGUUCCCAAGUGCAACAGACUCUGAAAGAUCCAGAAGAGUACGCUUACACACCACGUACCGCGAGUCAGCAUACCAACCCCGGCGCACAUUCGGCGAGGCAUUGGGAGACACUGGACCCAGGCUAUUCAAGAGGUGGGGUGCGUUUGCACUUGAGACUUUGUGCUUUCAGAUUACUUCUCGUGUCAUGAUGCGUAUCGCGCAGGCUGCAUACGAAGCUAUGUCUGGCGAAGAGGUCAAUGACAACUUCGUGCAUAUGUACGUCAUGCACGUUCUACGCUUCUACAAAGACUGGACUGUGGGGAUGAGCUCCAUUACUUGGUUUGUCAUCAAGAGGAUUGUUGGAAAGACGUUGCUGUCGCUGGGGAAACAGACUGUGAUGGCCGCUGGCGGCGUGAAGGACACAGGGUUGGAAUAUGAAGAUGUGAACACAGUGCAGUUCUGA